GUCACAAAUUACUGAGAAAACAGAAAAUGAAGAAGAAUGCCAGGUACGAGUCUUGGACAAGCCAGACAAGUGGUGUAUCUAUAGGGUUCCCAGUAAACUCCGCAAAGUAAAUGAAGCAGCAUACACUCCUCAAUUACUAUCAAUUGGCCCUUUCCACCAUGGCAAACCAGAACUCAAGGACAUGGAGACCCAUAAAAAGAUAUAUUAUGAGAAUUUUCUUGCACGUUUUAAGAAGAGUGACGAUGAACUAAAGCAAUUCAUCAAGACUCGUCAAGAAAAUAUUCUUCGUUGUUACGCAGGGACCAUUGAGCUUAACAAAGACUUCGAAGAGAUAAUUGCCGUUGAUGCGUGCUUCAUCAUUGAGCUAUUUUUAAUGAACUUCAACGAUCCAAAAAAUCAUGAAAAUGAUUAUAUAUUGAGAUCACCAUGGCUCAGGAAAGCUGUAGAGCAGGACUUGAUACUGUUUGAAAAUCAGCUUCCUUAUUCUCUUCUUCAAGAACUAUAUCAGAACUUUGCUGUGCCUCCCUCUUCCAAUUUCCAACCUUGGAAAGAAGUACAAGAACAGGCUGAUAGACAGAGCAGUACCAAUCAUGACUUGCCGCACUGCUCGCCUUGCUGCGGGCAUUGCUUGCCUUGCUGCUGGUGGAUUCCUUCCAAGGAUCAUUCCAUAGAGAUUGUCCAAGUCGAACCUGAUAAUGAUGAUCCCCUGCUUAAGCUUACCUAUGAGUUCUUCAAAGAUUAUAGUAGGGGAAAAUCCGUCAAGAAUGGAGUAAGACCGAAACAUUUCACUGAUUUGGUUAGGCAUUUUCUACGUCCUGACAAAGAAAUGGUUUUUAAACAUAGUAGUACUCCAAUAAAAAAUAUAUAUGCUGCAAGGAAGCUGAAGGCAUCAGGGGUGAAAUUUAGGCCACUUAAAGAUGGCCACUUUAUCAUAGAAAAAGACGAGGCCACUAAAUGUAAGCUCAACUUAGCGUGUUUUAUAAAUAUGGACUUGAAGCUUACACAAUUUUGUGUCAAGGAUGAGACAGAAUGCGUUAUUCGAAACAUCAUGGCCUUGGAGCAGUUUUUAUACCCAAACAAGCCUUAUAUCUGCAAUUACUUUUUGCUUAUGGAUCAACUUGUGGACAUUGUGGAAGAUGUGGAUUUGCUGGUUGAGAACAAAGUUAUUCUUAACAUGCUAGGCAGCAAUGAAGCAGUGGCGAAACUGGUUAAUAGACUUUGCGAGCAGAUCAUGGACGAUAAAUCCUGCUAUUUUGAUAUCUGUGAGCAGCUUAAUAAGCACCAUGAGAAUUUUUGGAACCUUCAUGUCGCCACUCUGAAACGAGUUUACUUCAAGGAUCUGUGGACAGGCAGUUCAACUGUAGUUGGAGUUUUCGUCCUGCUUUUCUCAAUCAUUGGAACCAUUAAGUCUCUCAUGUCGUAAGCUUUAAGCUCGUUCAACUCGUGAUUCUUAA